AUGAAUACAAUUCAAAUUGCCUCCAACUUGUUGGCAACAUUUGUUGAAAUAGUAUUUGCAACCGAUGGGGCUUUACAAGUAAAGUUCGAACACAAUACUCAUUCAUACAACUCUGAACUAUUCCAUGCUCGACGUAGGUCAAAGUAUCUAGAUGUAACAAUUGACCAACAAUUGUGCAAUUACACAAUCAACAUAAUUGUUGAAAGUCCACCACAAGAAAUCCAAUGUCCAGUUUUGAUUAGGGAUUGA